AUGUUUACAUGCAACGCCGCCAAAGCGUCACGAAUCGAAAAAGCCUCGUUGGAAGGCCUAGAUGACGACGUCAAGUAUGGUUUCCAAAAUCCAUUCCUUGGUACCGGGACCCACACGAUGGCCAUCUGGUUCUUAGUCUACCCUAAUGUGGACAAUGCCGUCAAGGCAUGGGGCAAUGAUCUGGAGAGUCCGGUCACUCCCAGAAUACUCGGUGGGUUUAUUUUUUCAAUGGCUUCGUCGAGUAAUCGAUUUGCUGCCCUAGCGGACACUCCGUCCAGCUCCAAAGAGCAGGAGACCCGAGCGCCAGUCACCGGCACCAACGAUACGGGAGACCGUGUCAUGCAAGACACAGCUCAACCUGGUCCUUCCACCGAGGACGCAAGAAGACAAUCUAGCCGUCUACAAGAAACGACUCAACGAUUGGCAGAACCAGGAGAGAGCGAAAAAUCGCGACAGGGCAACACAUCGACAUUUGUGGGACAGCCAAUCCCCUCCGCGGCUCCAAAAUCGCACGACGUCAUGGUGGUAGAGGACGAGUACAACUGCCGGAAUAUCGUCAACCCCGGGAGGCGCACCCGGUGCGCUUUCAGCUACUUGCAUACAGCAAAUGAAAAACUUCACUCCCCGAUUGGUAGUCUUUGGCAGGUCGAGAACAAGGGCUGGUCAGUCUACCUAUAUCUCGACGCCGGUCGGUAUGGAUCGGCAAGUUUGUCUUUGACAUUUCGAGUCAACAAAGGAGACAAAAACGCCCCGCUGUCCAAGAAUCCGGACGAUUACUACCAAUUUGAAGUCACUUGGCGGGCCGGCGUCCUAAUCGACGGACAGCAGGUCAUAGAGGACUUAACAGUGGACCCUCUGAUGGCUCUUUCUGAUCUCAAACAGGCUCCCUACGACUCGAGCAUCGUGGACAGCUGUCCACCAGAGAAGCGCCACCAGCUGGACCAACUUGUGGGCAUCAUGUUCUCGUGCAACUCCGCCAAAGUAUCACACAUGGAGGAGACCUGGUUGCAAGGCCUGGCUGACGAUGUCAAGGAUGGGUUGAAAAAGCUACUCCUUGGUAUCGGACCCCACAUGAUGACCAUAUGGCUCUUAGCCUACCCCAACGUGGAAACCGCCCGCAAGGACUGGAUCGUGCCUUUGAUGAGUUCGGUCUCGUCCGGAUAUCCUGCUUUCUGGCAGUAUAAGGCACCAGAGAACAAGGUGGGCCUUACAAUCGAAGAUCUUGAGCCGAUCAACACUUUCCAGAAGGCAAUGUACGUCCAAUACCGCGCGAACCGCAACGACAACGGCCAGGUAAGGAAGCUGGAGGACGGACGGGUUGAAGAAGACAAGACCCAGAUCAGAGGAUACCACAACUUCGAGAAACAGCUCAGCUGGGACACAUCUUUCGAGUUCGGGGUUUUCAACACAGUUCCGGUCAUUCGAGAUGUACAGUUUGAGAAGGGUCAGGUGGCUCACCUCGUCCUUGGAACACAUCUCGUCCAUUUCGAGGGCCUUCCCAAGGGGGGGGUCAGAGGCUUCGUCCGACAGGCAACAGAUGGUCCGGUGCCCACUCACGGUGCGAAAAUCCGGGCCGAAUUGGACAACGCAAACCCCCAAACCGGGAAACCACACAUGCCUUCCACAGACAAAAGAACCAUCUGGAAGGGAACCGUCCUGAAGGACAUGCAGGUUCCAUGCAAAGAUACCGGUACAGAUUUCUGCGUCUGGUUUCAGAUGCCUCUUGUAGGCCGGACUCCUCGCAUCCACAAGACCGCCAACGAAAGACUUGAGAACCACAAGCUUGUGCGGAUGCACAUCGAGGUCGUCAUCGACGAAACAUCUGCCCAGCGAGAGAUAGAUGGGAUGCAGAAACUCGCAGAUGAGACUUUCAAUGCUGGAACGCUGGCUCCCGCCCGCAUCGCCCUCAUGUCGAACCCCUCGAAGAUGACGCAUACCACAAGCGAUCUGACGGAGAGGAAUCCUGAGAUGUGGAGACAAUGGGAGGCUUACUGCAGCCAAAAAUAUGCAGACAACCCAGCCCAGUUGGAAAUCGUCACUUCUUUGAAGGAGGUCAAGAACAAAAUAACGGCGAUCAUAGGCCCUCCAGGCACAGGCAAGACUACGGUUCUUGCAGACAUCACGAACGGGGCCGUGCUGUGCGGUCAUACUGUCCUGGUGUGCGCGGUAAGUAACAACGCCGUCGACAAGGCCGCCAACUCUUGCUGGGAGAAAUUCCCAAUAGAACACCGUCACAGGUAUAAAUUCCUUCGGUACGAGACGGCAUCAGCCGAGCUGCAGGCAUACGAUCCAAAUGCUCGUCCAACUUACAAGGCGUCAACUAUGCUAGAUGAUGACGACCUGAUAGCGCAGACAAUGGCCGAAGCCGCCGCAUUACAGGGUGAGCAUAACAAGCAACUCUUUGCCCUGAUCCGGGUUUGUGACGAUCUUUUCGCAAGCACUUCAGAGAGAAGCGGGAAAUGGAUGAGCCGGAAGAAAUCCAACUAUCGGGCAGACGCGGACUACCACGCAGAGCUCGCGGCAUAUAGAGCCGACAAGCUUGACGCUGCCGCAAUCCUACACAAGCGUCAGACAGGUGACUACCACACCGACGCAGAGCUUGCAGCGCUGGGUGAAGACGCGCUUGAUGAAGCGGAGAUCACGGCACGUCUGGAUGAUCAGAGGAUCCCAAGCAUCGACCAGCGCGACAAGUCUCUCGAGUACCGGAAUCCCCUUGACGCGUAUGUCUUGGCCAAUGGCGACGUGUCAAGAAAGGCGAAGGAGCAUUUCGAAACUCUGCGAGUUCGAGUCGUCCUUCGAGUCUUUGCAGACACCCAGGCCCUCUUCACGACCUGCAACAACGCCGGUUCCGAGUUGAUGGUGCUUGGAUUCAACCCAACUCUCAUCGAAAUCGAUGAAUCAGGGCAGCUCACCAUGGCUGCGCUCGCGAACGUCUUGACGAGCUUCCACCGAUGGCUAGCAGCCAUCAUAUUUGGAGACCCUGCUCAGCUCUUGCCUUUCUUUCAGUCCGGCAGAGCAAACGAGUUUAGGGAGAACGCUACGCUCUCGGUCCUCGCUCUCCUUGAAGAGAAAAAAUAUCCGAUCCUCCGACUGGUGUUCCAGUAUCGGAUGGCUCCCGCAAUCUCCAAAUGGGUAUCGGAAUUCUUUUACAAGGGAUUGUUGAAGAAUCAGAAGUCAGUCCUCAUCAACAAUUCGGGCUUCGCCAGGUCGCGCAUGAGGUAUAGAAAAAAAUACUAUAGAAUCGAUGGACCAAACGGGGACGGUUCCGAAUACUGGAUGAUCAACGUCGCCAACGGGAUCUCGCGGGUGCAGGUCAACAGCACCUCGUUGCAAAAUUAUGCCAACGCCGAUAGGAUAGGCACUCUCGUGGAUCAAACUUUGGCCAUGGGGGUGCCCGCGUCUAAGAUAACGGUGCUGGUGUACUACACAGGGCAGCUCUCCCUGGUAAGCCACAAGAUCCAAGCGACGGCGGAGGCGAACGGAAGGAACUGGGACCUCAGCGCAGGAAAUCAAAUCUCCUCCGUCGAUUCCUUUCAAGGCGAGGAGAACGAGUUCGUUUUCGUCGAUCUCGUCGUCGCUCACCAACGGCCGGAGAAGACAUCAGACGCGGUCAAGGCCGAGGAGAGCGAAGACGACGAUGGCUCCGAGGGGUUCAGACGCUCCGGGAGGGUUACCGCCCACGUCAAGAGCGGCAACCGACUUUGCUGUGCACUUACGCGCGGUAGAAGCUGCGUCGUUGUUGUCUGUCAAUUGGCCGCUCUUCUAAGUACGGUCAAGGCCAAACAGAAGAAGGAUCAAGCCGCCGUCAGCGCCAUGGCGAGAGACUUCGAGGAACGCAAAUUAGUAUACAACGACUAUACUAGUCUAGACACCAGCCCAAUUGGCCAAGCGCAGCGUGCUACCUGGACCGAGGCCAGACUUGCCGUUGAGUUGAAGAGGCAGAAGGCGGAGAGUCUUGACUUCCUCAACACUCAGUACAGAAAGGUCAAGAAGGCCCGGUACAACGAGGAGUUCCAAGACACAGCCCCCAGGGUGUACCGCACCGCUUCUCGGAGGACCACUCGCCCAAACCUGUCUGGAGACGCCGCCGAAGCCGCCGUUUAA